AUGCCAUAUGCAUUACAAGAAAAAGUAGAGAAGGAACUUGAAAGACUGGAGACUUUGGGUAUAAUCACACGUUUUGAAUCAUCCGAUUGGGGCACACCCAUUGUGCCGGUUGUCAAACCCAAUGGUUCAGUCAGAAUAUGUGCUGACUACAAGGUGACUUUGAACAAAGUUAUUAAAGACGAACAUUACCCUAUACCUCGGAUUGAUGAUAUCAUGUCAAAGAUGCAUUGUGGAAAGAUAUUUUGUACUCUUGAUAUCAGUAAUGCAUACUUGCACAUGGAGAUGGACGAAGACAGUGCCAUCAUGCAAACAAUCAGUACUCACAAAGGGCUGUUUAAAGUGAACAGAUUAAUGUUUGGAGUAAAAGUGGCACCCUUGUUAUGGCAAAGAUUCAUGGACAAAACAUUACAUAACUUAGAAGGCGUACAAUGUUUCUUUGAAGACGUAAUUGUCCAAGGAUUUAACAGGGAACAGCUUCUUCGCCGACUGGAACAGGUGUUUGAACGAUUGAAGUUGAAUGAUUUGAGGUUAAAUAGAGAGAAGUGUAAGUUUUUCCAGAACAAAAUUGAGUACUUAGGUCAUGUGAUCGAUAGCAAAGGACUACACAAGUCAGAUGCUAAAAUACAGAGCAUUUUAAAAUGUAAAAGACCAGAGAACGUAACUGAACUCCGAACCUUCCUAGGCCUUGCGAAUUAUUACAACAAAUUCAUAAAGAAUUUGGCUACACUGCUACAUCCUUUGAAUCGGCUGCUACGAAAAGGAAACACUUUUACAUGGAGCUCUGCUUGUGAACAGAGUUUUCUGAAGAUUAAAGAAAUUAUUACAAGUGAUGACGUGUUGGUACACUUUGAUCCUAGCUUGCCACUGGUCUUAGCUACUGAUGCUUCGCCGGUAGGUGUAGGAGCCGUUCUUUCGCACCGCUAUAGGGAUGGAACAGACAGGCCAAUUGCCUUCGCCUCUCGAUCUUUAUCAAAACCAGAACAAGAAUACUCUCAAAUCGAUAAGGAAGCCUUGGGAAUAUAUUGGGGCCUGAAAAAGUUUUUCCCGUUUUGUUAUGGCCGCAAAUUUACUUUGGUCACUGAUCACAAACCGCUGGUGUCAAUUCUUAAUCCAGCAAAGACCUUACCAACAAUCUCGGCAACACGGAUAUUCAACUAUGCUCACUUUCUCUCCGGGUUCGACUAUGACAUAGAGUACAGGCAAACUGCUCAUCAUUGCAAUGCAGAUUAUCUCUCUCGAUUCCCUAUCGAAGUUGUACAAGAACAUUCUGUAGAUGACCUCUCGAAGUACCACAUAAAUCAACUGGAAACACUCAAUAUCAACAGUACCGUGGUGGCUAAGGAAACUCUCAACGAUGCUGUUUUGGGUCCAGUCCUACAGGCCUUGAAAUCGGGACAAUCUGUUGAACAAUACGGAUUUCACGAUAACGAGCUGUCCAUUCAAGAUGAUUGUGUACUGAAAGGCUGGAGAGUCAUGAUACCUCAAUCUCUCAGACCUCAUGUGCUUCGAGAACUACACGUAGCUCAUUUAGGAGGAAUAAAAAUGAAGGCUUUAGCUCGCAGUUUUUGCUGGUGGAAAAGUAUAGACAAGGAUAUUGAAGAUAUGGUAACUGAAUGUCGACAAUGCAUUGAAAAAUGCAACAACCCGAGGAAAACUACCCAUCCAUGGGAACAACCUUCUAAUCCAUGGGAGAGGGUGCACAUUGAUUUCUUAGGACCAACAGAUGGCCAACAGUACCUGAUAUUAGUGGAUGCCUUUAGUAAGUGGGUGGAUGUGAUACAGACGAAAACAACUACAAGUACAUGGACAGUCCAAGAAUUACGGAAAAUCUUCUCAACUUUUGGGUUUCCUCACAUCCUAGUUUCCGAUAAUGGAAGACAGUUUGUUUCUCAAGAGUUCAAAAACUUCAUGAAUGAAUGUGGGAUUAUUCACAGAACAACGGCACCAUACUAUCCAAACUCAAAUGGCCAGGCUGAAAGGUACGUGCAGACUGUCAAGAAGGCGUUAAAAUCCAUGGAGGGAGAAAAGGGUACACUGCAAAAUAAAAUCCAAAGACUUCUAAUGCAACUCAGGCAAUCCCCGAAUUCAACAGGUACAUCAGCAUAUCACCUAAUGUUUGGAAGGAGUGUACGAACAAACCUAGCAAUAAUUGUUCCAACAUUAGAACUGAACAAAUAUCAGAAGAAGGGAGUCCAAGUCGGUAUAAAAAGGAAUUUCAAAGUUGGAGAUAAAGUGCAAGCGCGGGAAUAUGUAAAUGGUUCGUCCAAGUGGUUUUCGGGCUAUAUAACUCAAAAGCAAGGACAUGUAAUGUACGUAGUUCAGCUGGAAGAUGGACGAAUAAUAAGAAGACAUGUUGACCAGCUGAUUCUUCGUAAAGUGCCGCAGCACAGUAAAUAA